GCAACAACUGCAGGAGCUGCGUCUGAAGCAGGAGCAGAAGGAGAGAGACCUGAAGGGAGGCCGGAGGAGAGACCUGCAGGGGGAGACGGCGGGGGAGAGAGUGAAACCACGAAGAGCACAAACACAACCCCCCAAUUCAAACGCUGACUGUGACCUGCAGCCGCCGUCGCUGUCCGGCAUGUCGGUCGAUCCUGAAGCUGCAGAAGUCCGAGAGGAGAAACAGGAGGAGGAGCAGGAGAAGGAGGAGGAGAAGGAGGCAGAUAUGAAGGAGCAGGAGCGGGUGGACGCGCUCCUCCAGAGGAAGAAACUGCUGCAGGACCUGGGGGUGGUGGAAAAGAUCCAGCAGCUGCUGCAGGGCCGAACAGACGGAGGGGGAGUCCUGCAGGACACCAAGGACGCCUGCAGCCAGCAGCAGAGUAAACACGCUCAUCAGAGACAACAGCAGACGAAGUUGGAGUCUUUGACACAGUUUUCCCAACGGACGAAGCAGCAGCAGCAGGCCUGCACUCAGAUCUCACGGCAGCACAUCCACUCCCACACGACUCAGCAGCGUCUGCCGAGGCCCUCGAUGGAGCAGAGGAGCCUGAACGAGUCGGAGCCCGAGAGCCACAACAGAGCGGCAGAAAUACGCAGGACCAUCAGCGCCGCGCGGAUACACUGGACAGGUAAACGCGUCUCUGCAUGAUGUGAUUCCACUGACAUGAUCUCAA